AUGCGUGCCGGCGAGGCUGUUCUUGAGGUUGUCUUCGAGGUCGAUGUCAACGGUAUCCUGAAGGUCACUGCCACAGAGAAGAGCUCUGGCCGCACUGCCAACAUCACCAUUGCCAACUCUGUCGGUAAGCUCAGCAGCGCCGAGAUUGAGAAGAUGGUCAACGACGCCGCCGAGUUCAAGUCCAGCGACGAUGCUUUCACCAAGAAGUUCGAGGCUCGCCAGCAGCUGGAGAGCUACAUCAGCAGAGUUGAGGAGAUCGUCUCGGACCCAACGAUGAGCAUGAAGCUCAAGCGCGGCCAGAAGGAGAAGAUCGAGAGCGCUCUCUCCGACGCCAUGGCCCAGCUUGAGGUUGACGACGCUGGUGGCGAUGACCUCAAGAAGAAGGAGCUCGCGCUGAAGCGUGUUGUUACCAAGGCCAUGUCUACCCGCUAA